GAGUACUACAUAUCAUUGAGAAGAGAUCCCCUCCGCAGGUACUCAAGAUUCUGAAAGAUAGGCUACUUCGACGGAUGAAGAACGACAAAUCUGCAGAUAUGUUAAAUUGUCUACAGGUUAUGAAACUAGUGAUCAAAUAUGAUGCGAGAAAACACUUUUCAUCACUAGUCGAAAACAUUGACAAAAUCUCAACGAAGUGGUCUGCUCGGUCUGACCUGAUCAACAUACAGAAGUAUAUAGACGAGGAACUGAAAACGGGGCAGUGGACUACUGCUUCUAACCUGGACAACAUACUGAAGUAACUGAACAAUGGGCAGUUGCCUACUGCGUCUGACCUGGACAACAUAUUGGAGAAUAUAGGAAAGAAACAGAACGUGAGUAAACAGGCCACAUUAUUUGUUAAGAUGUUCUGGAGAUUUGAAGCAAUAGAACAAAAGAUAAAAGAAUCGGAUAAAAAACAAGCUAAGGACUCAGCACAAUCAAGUGAGCUUGGAGAAAUCAUCUGUGGUGAGGGGAUUAGCAAGGAGACUCUAAGAGAAAAGCUUUCUACUGCUUUUCCAUUCGUUUUGGAAGAUGAUGUAACUAACAAGUUGUCAAAAGACAAUAUCAUUGAAGAAACCUCAGCUACAGAGGUGGUCAACAAGGAGACCACAAGAGAAAAGCUUGGUUUGGAAGAAAAUGCAAUCUACAAUAUACCAGGAAACCUUGCUGAAGAAUGCUUGGUUGCUGGGGUGGUCAACAAGGAGGCCCCAAGAGAAAAGUUUUCUGCUGCUUUUCCAAGGCCUUUUUCUGAAGAAUCAGGAAAUGAUUCUGAAGAAUUUUCAGCUAUGUUUUCUCUUCCUGAUUCAUUGUUUUCGGAGGAAGCAAAUGCAACUAACAAGCCUGGUGGAAGUUUGCAAAGGAGAGUGGAAGAUUUAAAAAGGGAACUUAUUGAUGAGAACAAAUGCGACGUAAAAGUUUCAGACUUCCAUGGCUUACAAGAUGAAAUAAACAGUGCUGAAGAUAAUAUUCCGGAUCGCCUGAAACCUAUUGCUAUGAAAAUCGAACAAGAUCGUGGGGAAUGUACACCUGCUAACGAUUUUUAUCAACAGCUUCUAGUGCUUGUCUCUGCUGCUGUGAAAGAGAUGCAAGAACUGUCUGAUAAAGAACUCAAUAUGCCUAUAUUACGGAAGUCACGGGUGCGAGCUGGUCAUAGGGCUUCAGCUGCCCGGGCACGGGUAGUGGGGAACAGCCCCGAGGGACUUCACGUGGGUAGCACUCGGUUGGUUCGCGCACUGUCUUGGAGUUCUGAGAGCAUCUAUGCGCUGGCUCGGGAUGCUUGGGACGUUAGGCAUAAUGAGCCUCACCAGCUGCAAGGACUUUUCACGUUUGAAACUGUCCUUCUUCGUGAGCGCCUUUGGACUGUGGGAUACUUUAUCGAGAGAUGUUAUUCACCUUUUCCCCCCAGUGUGGAAGAAAAGGUCCUCGUCAUGCUCUUAGGAUUUAUUGAGGCUGGGGCAGUGAUGUCAAUGUUCGAUCUUGGUGUUAUUUCGGGUAAAAACCCCAACAAUGGUUCUUUCGACUUUGGAUGGGACAUGGAAGGAUCCCUCCUCUUUUGUGCUUUCGUUGUCACGGGUGCGAGCUGGUCACGGGCUUCAGCUGCCCGGGCACGGGUGGUGGGGAACAGCCCCGAGGGACUUCACGUGGGUAGCACUCGGUUGGUUCGCGCAAUGUCUUGGAGUUCUGAGAGCAUCUACGCGCUGGCUCGAGAUGCUUGGGACGUUGUGAGCCGUUGGAUCCCGAUGAAAAAUCCAACGGCCUUCAUGUUGCGGUGCUGGAAACUGGGAUUGUAG